UGAGUCCCCGCUCCGCCCCUGGCAGUGCUUCUCUCUUUUCAGAUAGCACUUGUCUUUCCUCUGAGCUCUGCUGCCUCCUCUGCAGGCAGUGCCCUUGAACCUGACACGUCCUACCAGAGCAUCCCUGCUCCAUAGACACCCCUCACCCAGCACAGGAUGGACCCCCUGCCUCUGCUCCUCUACCUGUGUGCAGUGCUGGCACCGAGCCAUGGAUUCAGCGUGGACGUGGAGGGACCCAUCACCUUCCAGGAGGCAGCAGCAGGGUUUGGGCAGAGCGUGGUGCAGUUCGGGAAUGCCAGCGCCGGGGGGCUGAUCAUCGGGGCCCCGCUGCAGACAGGAAACGUGAAUGAAACCGGCAAAGUCUACAAGUGUGACCCGGGCUCCAGACGCUGCCAGGAGAUCCCCACCCAGAGGUCCCCGGAUGCCAUGUACAUGUCCCUCAGUUUAUCUCUGGCUGCCGAAGGCUCCCAAUUCCUGGUGUGCGGCCCCAUGGUGCACCGGGCCUGUGGAGAGAACACGUAUGUCAGUCACCACUGCUUCCCUCUGCGGCAGAGCUUCUCGCAACUCCAGCGCAGCUUCUCGCAACUCCAGCGCAUCCCGGACAGCCAGCCGGGUAAGGAGCGACACAUAGUGGAGUCAGGACGUACUUCAUUCCUGUCCCCAUCAAAGUGCCCCAAACAAGUCACAGACAUAGCGCUCCUCAUUGAUGGCUCGGGCAGCAUCUCACCUGUGGACUUUGAAAAGAUGAAGAUGUUUCUCUCAGAGAUCAUGAAGCAUUUCCACAGCACCGACACGCAGUUCGCCCUCAUGCAGUACUCCAAUAAAUUUGAAUUGCACUUCGACUUCAUGGAGUACAGGAGAAGCCGCGAUCACGAUCACCUUGUCCAGGGGGUUGAGCAGCUUCAUGGAUUGACGUACACGGCCAGUGCCAUCCGGAAAGUGGUGCAGGAGCUGUUCACCUCUGGGAGAGGCGCUCGGGAUGAAGCCACCAAGGUUCUCAUUGUGAUCACAGAUGGGGAGAAAAAUGGCCCACUUUCUUAUUCAGACGUCAUACCUGAGGCAGAGAGAGCUGGAAUCAUCCGCUACGCCAUCGGGGUCGGUAUGGCAUUCUCCAGUGAUACUGCCCAACAGGAGCUCCAGGAGAUCGCCUCUGAGCCCAGCAACGAGCACGUCUUCCGGGUGGACAAUUUCGACGCCCUCCAGGGCAUCCAGAACCAGCUGCAGGAGAAGAUCUGCACCUUCAAAGGUUCUUUAUCUCAGGUCAUCACAGCCAAUGGACAGAGCACCUACAUUGUUGGGGCCCCUCUAUGCCAAGGCACCGGCAAAGUCGUCCUGUUCAGCCGAGAUACCAAGGGUGGGGAAUGGACACCUGGACCAGAGCUGUUGGGAGAUCAGAUUGGCUUGUAUUAUGGGGGUACACUGUGCACUGUGGACCUCGACAGAGAUGGGAACACGGACCUGAUUCUAAUCGGAGCCCCAAUGUACCAUACACCUCUGAAUGGAGGACGGGUCUAUAUCUGCCAGAUUAACUUGCCGGGGACGACGAUGAUCUGCAACAAGAUACUACAUGGGCAGACGGGGGAAGUGUCUGGGCGCUUUGGGGCCAGCAUGUCUGAAAUCGGGGACAUCAGCGGGGACGGACAGACGGACGUGGCCAUCGGGGCUCCCAUGGAGAAUGACAAUCAUGGGGCCUUGUACAUCUUCCAUGGGGAAAAGGGAGGCAUCAGUCCCCAGUACAGACAGCGCAUAGUGGGGUCACAGUUUCCCAGCAGGCUGCACUACUUUGGCCAGGCUGUCAGUGGCGGGACAGAUCUGACGGGGGAUGGGCUGCCGGACAUCGCGGUGGGGGCAGAAGGGCAGGCCCUGCUGCUGAGGUAA